UCAUUCCUCCCUCGGUCUCUCAAACUCUCUCUCUCGUCUCAUUCUUUCCUACUCCAUCACCACCGCCUCACACUCCUUCUACCCCCUCUCACCCCCCUCCGAUGUGCACUCACCGCCGCUAAGUCAUGCCCGCGUCCCACGACCACGCAGCGCGCGCGGCGGCCCUGCAGGACGACGCCGAGCGCUCUGGGCUCACCGCGCCGUCUUCGGGGUCAGAGUCAUCGCGUUCUCUUGAUCAAGAUCGCAGCAUUGACUACGGCCUCGCAGCCCCAACACCAUACAACACAUUCAUCGAGUCCACUGCAUCCCAAUCCGACAGCGUCUACAUCGGCGCCCCCACCGAAUCAUUCCUCUCUGUCUCCGAUGGGCAGUACCUUGCCCCCACCUACUCUGGACACCAGUCCAACUAUGAGGUGCCGCACUCGUCGCGGCCAGUGCCCGCACCCCCGCAAAUACGCACCAAUGACUCUGAUUACGACCUCGCGCCAGUCAUGAGCCCCGACACGACGCGUACCACCCGUUCCAGUCUCACUCCCGAUCCAACUGGCACCGGGAGGCUCAAGAGCCUCGGCUUCUUGGGGCGCCGCAGCUCCAAGACUGUCGUUGACCGCGAUACAUUACGUCUCCAGCAGCUCGGGUACGAUGCCGUGCUUGGGCGCAACUACACCUUCUGGUCGUCGCUGGCGUUGGCAUGGCUCAACAUCAACUCUCUUCAGGGAACCAUCUUCGCCGUCCCGGGCGCGUAUCGGUAUGGCGGCCCGGCUAUGAUGCUGGUGGCAUGGCCGUUGUCGGGGCUUUUGAGUAUGUGCAUGGUGUCCACCAUGAGCGAGUUGGCAUCCGCAUAUCCCGUGGCUGGCGCCAUGUCCUCAUGGGCAUGGAAGCUCACGCGCAAUGGUAUCGGUGGCGAGCGAUACUGGGGUUGGAUCGUAAGCGCGUUCGUCAUGGGUGGCCACAUCGGCAAUCUCGUCCUUGUGUCAUGGCAGAACACGACACUCAUCACUGGUACCAUGAACCUCGCGUACGGUUUCGAGCCAGAGUCAUGGCACCGCUUCCUCUUCAUGCUCGGCAUCGUCACGACCGUCGGCUGCGUCGGAACUACACAUUGGGGCAGUUCUCCCCGGUACUGGAAGUCGGCUGCUUGCUUCACGCUCGGCGCAUGGCUUUGCCUCUGCAUCGCGCUUGUCGCCAAAGGCGUCACCCACCGCACGUACUCGAAAACAGAGCCGGCCAUCUCCACCUCUUUUGCCCCGUACAACAGGACUGGCUUCAACAGUCGCGGGCUCGUGUGGCUCCUCGGAUGGCAAAACUGCACGAUCGCCAACGGGUCGGACAUCUGCGCACAUAUGAGUGAAGAAACACAGAACCCAAGCCGCAGCGUGCCGAACGCCAUGACGGCAAGUAUCGUUGUUGUCUACACCCUCGGAUACAUCUCCAUCAUUUUGCUUUUCAUCAGCGUCAAGCCGACCGACGCGGCGCGCAUAGCAGUAGAAGAUUUUCCUGUCGGACACAUUCUCCUCGCCGCUGUUAAUGAAGAGUACGCCAUCGCGAUCUGCUCCAUCAUGGCCAUCGUCCUCUGCAUCCAGCUCCAGGCUCAGCUGCAGGCCAGUUCGCGUUUCGCUUUCGCCCUCGCGCGUGACAACGCCAUGCCCUUCUCGCACGUCAUUAAGCGCACCAACAAGUACAAGCAGCCGUGGGUCGCGACGUUGUUGUGUAUCGGUCUGUGGGCACCGUGGUGUCUCCUGUGGUUUGCGAACAAGGACCAUGUUGUGCCUGUCAUUACGGCGUGCGCGUCCAGUUUGAGCAUGCUGAGUUAUGUCAUCCCAAUCAUCCUCUACCUUGUCAGCAAGAAGGACUUGCAGCAAGAAGGGCGCACGAGCUGGUCGCUGCGUCGAUUCUCGCGUCCUGUGGCUGUCGUCGGCGCGCUCUACUGCCUCGCCGUCGUGACAAUGCAGAUCUUCCCGACAAGGAGCCCCGUCACCGUCAACAGCAUAUCAUGGACGCCUGUCGUGGUGGCCGGGACGCUCUUAAUCUCAUUCUUUACGUGGAAGCUGUACGGCUCGCGGCACUACAGCGGCCCGAUCCGCGCGCUUACGAAGUGGGAAGCGGGGGUCGAGCUCGACCUCGACUCUACAUUACAGAUGAGCACGCAGCGCCCGACGCAUACGGUUCUCAACCCCACAGAGUACAGCAAGCCACGCAGUGCGCAGCCCGAGGUGCACAGCGCAAACACGGUGAGCGUGAACAGCGCGCGCACGGCAAGCGUAGCGAGCGGCGGCGAGUGGGCGGCGGCACCGUUCUCGUCGGCCGACAGCGAGGUCGCGCGCGACCUCGGUCUAUCCUACUCCUCUGGGUCGGCGACUUCACAUCCGUCGGGCGGAACGGGCGCGACGCGCUCCACGGGCCCGUCGGUGAGCUUUGCGUUGAAUACGAUGGGACGAGUGCCGGAGGCGGACGAUGAGGGCGACGGGAUAGGCGCGGGGCCGCGCGCAGAUCAUCGUGGGCGUGGGCGGUCCUUGUAGUUGUAGGGAUUGUAAUGUUACGGGUUCUUUGUGUGCG